CCCCUCCCCUCCCGGCAUGGGCUGCGCUGGGGCCGGGGCUGCGCCGCUCCUGUGCGCCCGGCUUCCCCGGCUCCGGCGCCCGCGGAGGAGAGGGCGCCCGGCGCUAUGUGAGCGGCCCGCGCCGGAGCCUGCCCCAGCGCCCCCCCUGCAGCCGGCGCCAUGGAGAAGCAGAAAGCUGGGAGCGGGGAGUGGAGCCUGGAGCCGUCCGGAGUGGUGCCGAGAAGGGAGACGCAAAACAUUUCCAGAUGCAUGGCGGAGAGGAGGGAAGAGCAGCCUGGCAGGGCGGGUGAGGAGCAGCCUGGCAGUGGGGAAGCAAAAGGAAACUGCUGCUGGGACAUAGAGCAGACACAGCUCCUGUUUGGGGCUAGAAUCUGGAGGGCCCCUUCCACCAUUUAUGGCCCAGAUCUAGACAAGCUCCUUUUGGACCUAGAGUCCUUCCUGCUGAUCCUGGACCGAGAGAACCUCAGCUACAUUGCUCAGGCCAAGAAGAAAUCCAUCGCUGAGCUACUUUCCAGGUUCCAGAGCCCUCCAUCAGAGGACGCAGAGUACAUGAUCAUGCGCUGCAUCUCACCCUCCUCUGGGAGCAGCGCCUUCCAAACGCCGGCUGACCUGAGCCCAUGCCAAGCAGCAAUCUCGUCUCCAGACCCGAUGGGAAGGGUAGAGUGUGACUUGCCUGCUGCCAAUGGCCAGUGCUCCUCAGGCGGGACAAACCCGUUGGGCAUCCUGCCCCACCUCCCUAGCCUGCCAGCUGAGGACUCCUACGAGGAGGCAGAACCCAUCAACCCCAAGGGACAUAUGAGCCCAGCGGGCGGCGGGGACACAGACAGCAGCCACUACGAGUCGUAUGGCGAGGACGAGGACUGCGUGAAGGACCGUGCGCACUACAUCCAGUGGCCACCCACCACCGAGGCUCCUGCUCGCCCCGAGGCCCAACUCUGCAGCUUCCUCUGGAGGAAACGCUGGCUCGGGCAGUGGGCCAAGCAGCUCUUCAUCGUCCGGGAACACGCCCUGCUGUGCUACAAGUGUGCCAAGGACCUGCAGCCAGUGCUGGAGCUGGACCUGCGCGGCUGCCGCGUUGUCUACAAGGCCAAGCGCAGCAAGAAGAUGCAGCAUGUGCUGAAGAUCACGGGGGCAGCGGCAGAGACGCUGGUGAUGGGCUUCCAGAGCCGCCAGCAGGCCGAGGACUGGAGGAAGGUGAUUGAGGAGGUGAGCAGCUCUCCUCUCAGCAGGCCUUCUGCCCACAACUCUCCAGUAUUGCCCAGCUCAGAGCAGGGCAGGAACUCACCCCAGGUGAGAGGUUCCCAGCUUGGCUCUGACUCAGAUGAGGAGAACUCCCUGGUCAGCCCAGCUACAGCUGGCUGCAUCCCAACUGGAGAGCCAAAGAAGGGAGGUUUCCUGGAUGUGCUGCUGAACGGCCAGUGGCAGAAGCUGUGGUGCAGGGUGGAGCAGGGUGCCCUACGGAUGUUCAGAGACCCCAGCUGCACUGAGAGCCCCGAGUACGCUGUGCCGCUGGCGGGCAGCAAUGUGACCCCGGUGGCCGACGUGGGCCAACGCCAUCACAUCCACAUCAGCCAGCAAGGCAGAGAGGUCGCCAUCCUGCAGACCCACUCGGAUGAAGAGAGGGACGUCUGGCUGAAGAUCCUGCAGGUGGAGAAGGGAGCGGAACCAGCCUCUGUGUAUGAAACCUCAGUCCCUGGAGAUGGACCCAGCUCUGCCCCUGUGGGGGGCCUGCUCUUGCGAAGAUUCCCGACCCCCAACACCUACAUGGACGACCCCUUUGGGCAGCUCCCGCUGGCGACACACCCCAGCCCUGUCUACUCCAACUCGGAUAUACUGCACCAGCUGCAGCAGAGCUUGGACAGAGCCGCCCAAGACCAGAUGCAGAGACUCCCGUGUGCCCUUCCCGACAAUGCUUUCAGCAACCCCCAGAGCAGGGCUCCGGAGGAGACAGCUGCUCCUCCAGCCAGCCUGGGCAAGUCUCCGAACAAGCAGUGGGUAGAAGUGGCCCCGGAGCUGAAAAGCCGGGAUUUUUUCCAGUCUCAGCGGAUGCUGAUGCAGCCCGAGAGGAAGGGCGCCCCAGACAGCUUGGAUUUCUUAAUUGGUAAGAGGGCCUUCCCCAAGCUGGAGGAGAAAGUAGGGCAGCUGGAAAGGGCAUGCCGGAUGAAAACCAGGCUGAAGGCCGGCUCGGAGAUGAACCUGCUAGCCAUCGGCAAGUCUCUGAAGGGCCACAUAGCCACCGCCACCAGCUCAGCAGGCUCCGAGGGUUCCUUCCUAACACCUCUGCUGAAACGCACCACCUCCACCAAGAGCGCCCUGAGGCGAGCGCCCUCCGUGGUCAUCAUUGAAAAGGGGAAGGUUCUGCAGAAGAGAAAGGAAUGGGAGAUGAAGUCUGCCAUGUAAUCGGCCCCUUCCACCCGCUGAGCGUUCCCAAAGGCAGGAGACAUUGCACUGUACAUAUACAUAUCAGACCGUGCGUCUAUAUAUAUACCGUUAAUGCUGCAUGUGGAUCAUGCAGAAUAAACUCUGAAUCUCUCCUUUUUUUUACCAUAGUUAUCAAUGUUACAAUAACUCUUUUUUUUUUUUUUAAACUGACUGGAUUUUUAUAGGUUGUCUGCAAUGGCACUGAAAUGGGGAAAGGGGGACCGGGCUGGGUGUGGGAGGGCUUGCCCAGCAUUACCGGGUCUGGACUCUUCACAGCAGCAAAUCCAUCUGGUACCAUUUUCCAGGGAGCGAUUCCGCAGUGGCUUGCGAGCUCAUUAGCCACCAGCACUCUCCUCCUUGCAGUUGAUGUGACAGAGGUGGAGCCGAGAUGGCUUCUUUGUUUUUAUUUACGGAACCUUCCUGCAGCUUCAAAUUGCAUCGGCUGGUGCUUCAGAAGACAGUUCUCUUGAAUGCCUCCUGAAACACGGGAUGAAAGAUGAGCGCAAACAUGAACAACAGCUUCUCAUGGUGUUAGACUCUAAAGAAAGUGGAGAUACAAAGAGGAUGCUCUGGACUACCUAGCCACCUGUUCUUGAGUCCUUUGAAAUCUUUCAUGGAUCUUCUCCACUCCUCUUCCUAGCAAACACCUUUCUCCAUAGAGAUAUCAGCCCUACUUUUGGUUUCCAGAUAGACACAGAUGUUUUACGGUGCAGGGAUGGAAUGAUGCAGCUCUUUGAUAACAUUACAUGCAUUGUGCAGCUGGGCAUGUCUGAAAUCAGAAGAGAGCUUCUAACUGGGUACGCUGGCCAUACACCCAGGAGUCUAAACGGGAGGAGGAGGCUGCCAGGAGGUGUGAUGCUACCCUGCUGCACUGCCUCUGGCCAGCUGUUCUUGGGAGCCUGCAUGAUGGAACUGAAAGGGAAGGAACAUGAGCAGGGACCGAGAAGUGUGGCAGCUGCUUUUAAAGUGGUCACAGGCUCUGCUAAGAGGAGACAACAAUUUCUGUAGCCAUUUAGAGAUGGGCAAUUCACUUCUUUUUGAAACAUCAGAGUCCAAUGAGCUGUGGAACAACUGUAGGUGCCCACUGUGGUUUAGUGGAUCGAGCACAGGGCAGGGAGUCAAGACGGCUGGGUUUUGCCCUUGGGCAAGUCUCUUCCCCUCUGUGUCCCUCAGCUUCUCCCUCUGUCAAACAGGCUUAAUGACACUGACCCACCUUCAUAAAGCAAUCUGAGAUCUGCUGCCAUCAGCACCAGAGCAAGGGCAAAGUCUGGUUAGUAACUCUCUCCCAAGCCUGAAAGCUCAGAUGCCCAGUGAAUAUUUAAGGUUGAGACAUGGACACAACUUUCAUUACAGCAAGUGGCAUGAGAGUAACUGCAUUGAGAAUAGUGUAAACACAGGAGCGUUGAUUGUAUUUAUCUUUAUAGGGACUCAGUCAGCUUCAAGGUACUAUGUUGUGAAUAAACUAGUGUCUUGUGUUACAAAUAACACCUUAGGCGAUGAAAAGAAUUUUUCAAAAUAUAGAGAACAUAUCGUUAUUUAUGUUCUUCGGCCAAGACUUGGACAACAGAAAUCAAUUUCACAUCAUUUUCAUUGUCUGGUUCUGAUCUGCAAUCAGAGCUGCCUUCCCCUGGGCCUGCCCAGAGCCAUAUUGACAUCAACAAGGCUGCAGUUGGCCCAGCGUGACAGCCACCCCAACACACCUGGGAUUGAAACAGAUGACACCUCCAGAGCUAAAAGCCUGAGUCACUCCAGCUGGGCUAUUAGAGAUUCCCAUCCUCAGUGGAGCACAGAGAGGAACUCAUACCACAUAGUGCCCAGUCGGUUUCAUAAGGGCUUGCUCAUACAGAAUCAGUAAUUUACAGGAUCCAGGUAUAAGAACCUGACCGUAAUCUAAAGCAAAACAGACUUUGUUGAUUUCCAUUGCAUGGUGCUGCAAUGUUUAGGUUGCAAACGCUGCAGGGGAACUGUUAUUUGUUUAAAAGCAACUGUUUGCAUUGGAUUUUGUUUUGUAAUUGUAGAAAUAUUUUUUCUAAUGUUUUUGAGUUUUUUUAAAAACAUGCUUUUACCAAAUUGAAAGGUGUGUGUGUGGGGGAAAUGUUAAAUUGACAGUGUGCCUUUAAAGGUCCUUUGUGUAACUCAUUAAUUCAGAAAGAUGUGAGGGUUAGAUGGGGGGGGGGGGGAUGUCUUUUUUGUUUGUUUUUUGCUGGGGUUUUGGGUUGUUUUUAACAAACUGUCAUGUCAAAUAAAUGUUUCAAACCCCACCUUU